UAGUAUUUCCAAACUCACGUUGACUAAUGUGUCAAGCUCAUGAUUGAGGUAUCGCAACAGUGUUCGAAAUUAGGACAAAGAAAACUAAAACAACGCUAUCAAACUUCGCUGUACUUUCACGCAGUUCUCUGUCUGGAUCCAAAGAUGAAAUGUCACGUUGAACGGGAAUAUCUCUGGCUGAAACAUUGUGAAGUCUAAAGUGGGUGGAUAAAUCUGACCUAGGUCCGGUAACGUUAGCUAUGAAGUUUGGCGACUGGACGCUGACUUUGAAGUGACAGCGCAGCGGACUUCCAGGAUCAUUCCCAUGCAGAAUCGCCCUCCCAGAUCCUUAACAGCAGUGACCAUGGAGCUCCACAUAGACCGAGAGUAGAAAGACCGCAGAGGCCACAGACCAUACCAGCAGAGGCCGUCGUCACCCAACCGGACGGACAGCCACAGGACCAGGAGAGAGGGAGCGAGAUGGGCGGAGGAAAGGAGGGCGGGGGAGCCCGAGACGGCGAAGGAGGCUCUGCCCCAGCGGGCGAAGAACAGCAAGACGUCGAGCGCGAGUGCUCCGAGAAGGAGGAGGACGAGGAGAGAGAGGGCAGCGGUGCGCCGGGAAGUGACGACCAGAGAGGGGCCUCGGUCACCGAGACGGCGGCGGCGGUGGCUGCCCCCAGCGAUGGAGAGCAGGCCCAGAGCGACGUGUCCAGCGCGGAGCAGGGUCAGGACGACGUGGAGAUGAACUCCGGCCACGACUCCAACAGCGCAAACGAGCCCAGCGCCAGUGCCGACAAGGCCAAGAAGGGCGGAGGCGGCACAAAGAAGGCCGGGAGAUCCAAGCACCAUCACAGCCACAGCAGCACAACGGGCUCCAGCAGCUCCAAGAGCUCCAAGUCAGCCACAGGAUCAUCUUCCUGUGGGAGUAGCCAACACACAGAGACCAGUGGAAGUGAGCCCACAGAGCCUGGGCGCGAACACAAGCACAAAGAGAUGAUGCAGACGGUCCAGGAGAUGAAGAAGAGGAUUCCCUCGGAGAGGAGGAGCCGCACUACCAAACCCAGCACGGUGGAGGCGCUCCACUACGCCCUCAACUGCGUCAAACAAGUGCAAGCCAACAGUGAGUAUUACAAGCUGCUGAUGAGCCACAGCCAGGAAGAGCGCUGUGACGCCACCGUGUGUUUGCUGGAGGAACUGGACAGCAUUACCUCAGAGCACGCACUGAAGAACACGGAUUCGUUUGUGGUGGUGUUCUCCCUGACCACUGGUCGGGUGGUGUACGCCUCGGAGCAGGCCUCCAGCAUCCUCAACUGCAAGCGCCGCUUCCUGGAGUCGGCCAAAUUCGUGGAGCUGCUCUACCACCAGGACGUCAACGUCUUCUACUCCCACACGGCUCAGCCUCAUCUGCCCCCCUGGAACGUGGGCUCAGAUAGCAAUGCAAUUUUGUUUGAGUAUGCCCAGGUGAAGUCCUUCUUCUGCAGAAUCAGAGGGGGUAAAGAUCGGGACGGGGAGAUGCGUUACAACCCGUUCCGCAUCACUCCGUACCUGUUGAAGGUGCAGGGCGUGGACGAGACGGAGCAACAGCCCUGUUGCCUAGCGCUCGCGGAACGCAUCAUCUCAGGAUACGAGGCUCCUCGAAUCCCCAUGGACAAGCGUAUCUUUACCACCACACAUUCCCCAGGCUGUGUUUUCUUGGAGGUGGAUGACCGUGCUGUGCCUUUGCUAGGCUACCUCCCCCAGGACCUGAUUGGCACGUCCAUGUUGUCAUGUCUGCACCCUGAAGACCGAGCACUGAUGCCAGCCCUGCACCGCAAGAUUCUCAAGUACGCUGGUCAGUCCCCCUUUGAGCACUCCCCUCUCCGCUUUCGCUGUCAGAACGGGGACUAUGUGACGCUGGACACCAGCUGGUCCAGCUUCAUUAAUCCCUGGAGCCGCAAGGUGGCUUUCAUCAUCGGGAGGCACAAAGUGCGCACUAGUCCACUGAAUGAGGACGUGUUUGCUGAGCGCAGUAGAUCAGAGAUGCCAGGUAUCUGUGAGGACAUCAAAGUGCUUCAGGCGGUCAUAUACAAGCUGUUCUUACAGCCCGUGCACAACAACGGCUCCAGUGGCUACGGCAGCCUGGGCAGCAACGGCUCCCACGAGCAUUACAAGAGCGUGGGGUCGUCCAGCGACAGCAAUGGCAACCUGUGGGAGGACUCCCACCGCGAACCGAUGACACUCCAGCAGAUUUGUUCCGACGUCAACAAGGUGAAGAACUGGGGCCGGCAGGCUUACCUGGACUCCCGCAGUAAACUGAUCCCCCUGGGGAAACGGGCCACAGAACCACGGGUGGCCCACGCUCCUGCGGCCCAGAACACCGGGGUCAGGGGUCACGUGCAGCAGUCCCUGGAAGAAUCCAGGAAGCAGCCACACAUUCCGUCCUACCAGCAAAUAAACUGUGUGGACAGCAUUAUUAGGUACUUGGAGAGCUGUACGACGCCGGGGCUGAAGAGGAAGAGUGAGUCCCACUCUAUGGCGACCUCCUCCUCUUCCUCCUCCUCGUCAUCUGAGGAAGACAAAGCUCUCACUGCUCCGUCAGAGGAUGUGACCAACCCCAAUGCGGGGACCCUCGACAGCCAGGUGUCGGCAGGCUCGGCGGUGACUGUGGCCCACACCACGGCGGCAGUGGUUGGCGCCCCGCUGACGGACAUCGACCUGUCCACCAAAGCCAUGAGCGUGGUGUCCGUCACCAGCCAGUGCAGCUACAGCAGCACCAUCGUGCACGUGCCCCAGCCCGAGUCAGAGGUGACCGCCCUGGAGGACGCCCCGAUGGGCAGCGAGCCCGCGGACCCGACCCCGACGCCGGCACGGGCCGCGGCCCCGAGCUCGGCGGCGGCGGCCGAGGAGUUCCGCAUGGUCGGCCUGACCAAGGAGGUGCUGUCGGCCCACACGCAGAAGGAGGAGCAGGAGUACGUGGACCGCUUCCGCCACCGCAUCCUGCAGAGCCCCUACAGCUCCUACCUGCAGCAGGACACCGGCAGCCUGGCGCACUCCCACCACAGAGGUGAUUAUGUCAUGCAGGCGGUGAGCGCGGGCGGCUUUAAGUCCAAGUCGGGGAAGCCCAAACACAAGCGGCCCAAGCCGCAGGACUCGUCCGACAGCCACGGAUCCACGCCGCGGCCGACGCGACGGCCCCCCAUCCCGCCGCACUCCUCCUGGCCCUCGUCCGAGUCGUCCCAGCCCCAGCCCGCCGUCGCCGCCGCCGCCGUCGUCGGGGGCUACCCCAUGCCCCCUCCUCUGGUGAUGCCCCUCCAGCCGUCGGGGCCUUACUACGGCAUGGACGGCGAUCAGCUGGGGGGGCCAAAGCCGGGCGGCAUGGCGGAGAUGCCGGUGGGCGCCCUACCCAUGAUGCCGCAGCCCGACCCGGCCUUCCAGCAGAUGCAGCAGAUGCAGCAGCUGCAGCAGCAGACGGCGCAGGGCCUGAACCCGUACAUGGCCCCCGUCAUGGCCGUCAUCCUGCCCAACUUCCCCACCUACCCGCCGGGCUACCCCGUGUUCCAGCAGGCCCCGCCCCUGGCUCCCUUCAACAUGGCCGCCUACGCCCCCAUGGCCCCCGCGCUCUUCUCCCCCGGCAGCCUGCUCAACAACCAGCAGCAGCAGCCUCAGCCGCCGCUGCAGCCUCCACUGCUGCUGGGCACCUCCGUGCUCCCCGUGCCCUGCUCGCCACCGCAGCAGCAGCAGCAGCAGCCCUGGCAGGGGGAGGGGGAGGAGGACCUGGACGAGGCGCAGCCGCCGGCGCUGUUCUCCAGCUCGCGCUCCAGCUCGCCGCUGCAGCUCAACCUGCUGCAGGAGGAGCUGCCCAAGCCCCCCGAGCCCCAGAGCAGCACGGGCCGCCCCGAGAGCCUCCACCAACCGCACAACAAAGGGGAGGAUGCCCCCAGCGAUUCAGUGAAUCAGGACGCUCUGUCCACCUCCAGCGAGCUGCUGGACCUGCUGUUGCACGAGGACGCUCGCUCAGGAACCGGCUCCAACGCGUCCGGCAGCGGCUCCGGGGAGUCGGGCGGCUCGCUCGGCUCCGGCUCGGGUUCCGGAUCCAACGGAACCACCACCAGCCACACAGGCAGCAGCAACAGCAGCAAGUACUUUGCCAGCAACGACUCGUCGGACACGUCCCGCAAGGCCCGCAAGAGCCAGGAGGCCCAGGAGCGGCAGGAGCGCCAGGAACGUCAGGAACGCCAGGAUCGCGUCCACUUUGAGCAUGCCGGCGUGGAGGACUCACUCUGGACCAUGAUCCAGCGCACGCCCAACACGGUCAUGAUGAACUACCAGAUGCUCCCAAGGGACCAGACGCAGGUGCUGAAGGAGGACCAGGAGAAGCUGCUGCUGAUGCAGCCCCUGCAGCCCUGGUUCACGCGGGAGCAGCACGAGGAGCUGGCCGAGGUCCACCCCUGGAUCCAGCAGCGCGGCAUCCCGCAGGAGAUCGACACGCAGGGUUGUGUGAUCUGCAGCACCAUGGAGGCAGAACCAGGCUCUCCGCAGUCCCCCAGCCCUCCCACCCCGGACAGCUCCAUGCCCCAGAAGGAGGAGGACCCCAAGGAGCCCAGCUUGGCCCUCAACACCUGACCUGGCCCCCCACCCCCGGGGCCCCAUCCCAAUAACCACCACCUCAUAAAGCCAACUGAUUUUGUCCAACUUCUUCUUCUCUGGGGAGCCGUCAAAACGAAGCACAGAACACGAGGAACCCAAACGGAUUCUGUAACUCCUCUGUUCCAACUCUGGUGCUGCUGGCAUCACUCAGACAAACCUCUGCUCUUUUGAACGCUAAAAACCUGACAUCCGGGUCAUGAAUAUAUGUAAACAGUACACAUACAUAUUUAUAUUUGUAUGCCUGUAGUCGUGGCAGUUUUUAUUUUUGUAGGUUGUCCAACGGUCAGAUGUUUUUUUCCUUGCCGGCCUCAGUAGCCCACUGGGCUCGGACUUUUGUGGGCCCGUAGUCUGACCGUGUCUCUGCUCGACCCCUGUUUUGAACUGAUGAAGCCGAACCGGCGGCCCUGAAUGUCAGGAAAUGUGCGUGGACACCGGCAGCUCAGCUAGCCACA